CAGAUACAAAUUGCUCCAAAUUCGAAGUUUCAACAGUGUCUCAGAAAGCAAUGCACUGCAUUUAUAAUCCAAAAGUUGUGAACUUUGAUCAUGAAACAGCAACAGAAUUGAUUUUAAAUGAACAAAAACUCAACAAAUUCGACCCAGAAACAACAGAUCUUAAAUUUGAAUGGUAUUUCCUCGACUGCCAGCGCUCACUUGAGGUCGUUAUGAUUGAAAUAAAGUCUUCGAGUUUACAAAGUACCGAGUUCAAGUGUUACGUCAAUGAUGUGCCAGGGAAUUUAGAGGAAUCACCAGUCUGUAACAUUGGUAACGUUGAAAAUGCCCGUAUUCCUGGUAAAAUAUUCUUUAGAAGGACACAAGGUCGAUUUUUUACAUUUGCAUUAAAGGAAAACAUCACAGGUGUUAUGUCGUUUAAGGUGUUUAUAUCAAGUAUAGAGUCGCAUAACGGUGAGCCAUGUUUUGAAACUAUUGACGACAAUCUGGUACCAGAGAGUCAGAUCACUGUGUCAUCUGCGUACCCUAGACAAUUACCAUCACGUACCAAACACAUAUUUAUUCACUGGAUUCAUAACAUGGGAGACCUGACACCUUGGAUUCUGGUUGAUCUUAUUUCUAUAACAACAAUAGAAGGAGUUGGUAUUUUCUUCCCCGAAGAUUGUGACAUAUGGACCUCUUUUAAUUUAUAUUUUGGCACGAGUAAGGACCAACAGCAAAUAUACAAAGACUUGGAAUUUAGGAUUUUUCCACCUAAAAACUGGCAGGAGAAAGAUCAGAUGUUCAUUCUUCCUAGACCAAUCAAAGCUAGAUACGUAAAAUUCAAUAAUUCAUUUGAAAAUCCAGCAUACAGACCUAGAUGUCUUAGUUUUAGUUUGUACGGCUGUAAAUUCACACGUAUCACUGACAUAAACAACAACAGUAUAUCUGAAAUGCUGCCUAUCAAACAAGAAUUGCGAUCUCAAGACUCAUCGUUUGUUGGAAAAACAACUGUAGAUGAAUGUAAAAAACUUUGUAGUUCCAAAAUCAGUUGUAGUGUUGCCAGUAUCAACGAAAAGAGGCAUUGUUAUCACUACAUGGGUAGUAAACUUGGAUUAUGGAAGAGUACAACGAUUGCUGCGGGUAGUCAGUGGUUUGCCAAGCUACAAAACCCUGUUAUAUUGAUGUCGUUUCCGAGAGCUAAAUACACAGAUUGGUCAUUUGUUGGAAACGUUCAAUACGUAGAUAGAAUCUCCAUAAUAACAUCACUCAGUUAUCCUCUAACGGCAAAUUUGGACAAUAAUAUACUAUGGAUUGUGGAUUUUGAACCAGGACAAUUUGCCAAAUUAGUUUUUACAAAUGUAUCACUAUCUCAGUGUGCACUUAUUGUUAAAACAUCGCAAGAUGUUGACAAAGGGUUAGUCAUUGAUGAGAAUUUCAACGCUGAAGUAUUCGUAGUAGAAACAGACAAAAGACUGUUGUUUUUAACAACCAUUCAAAAAACGACAUGGUCACCAACGAUAAAAUUCCGGGCAAUUGUAACAGCUGAAGAAACACCAGCUUGCUUUUCACUAAAUUUAGAUGGCCUUUCUAAAACAAGACAUGAGCAUUGCAAUGCAUCAAGUAUGAUCCUUACAUCUCUUUCCUAUUUGAAUUUUUAUCAACAUUUUGAAGAAGAGUUUACAAUUCAAGCCGGCAAACACCAAAGCAUUGAAUUGACCUUCAUUGAAUUCUACAUGCCGUGUCUUGGCAAAAAUAUCGUAGCUGAAGAAGUCCAUCAUGGUUAUCGAUAUCAUCACGCUAUAGGUCCAUACAGAUCAAGAUUCACCAUAACAGAUCUUGAUGGUGUGAAACAUUUUUGCAAUGAAUUUUUGCCGCCAGAGACAUACAAAUCAAAAGGUUCACAGACUCUUUUGCAUUAUGGACCUCAUUUGUACUAUCCUAAUUUUAUGGUCGGCGACGAAAUCAAGGGGCAAGUGAAGGGAUACCGAAUACAAUACAAACUGUCAGAUCAUUCUUUUCAAAGAUUUACCACAGAGGUUAAGAAUAAGAAUUUGGAAUUAGAAUCGUCGGCUUGUUCAAAGCUAUUCAAAAAAUGCUACACCACUUUCUCUGAAACGGUUUCAUGGGAUAUUGCAAACGAUAAAUGCAGUUACCGCAAUGAACACCUUGUUACUAUAACAUCAAGAAACGAAAUGAACUACCUCCAAUACUUACUACGCAAUCAAAAACGUAAGACGUUAAAGAGUGAUAAAAAGCGUCAUGGAGCUCAUAUAGGUUUAAGAAGAAUUCAGGACAAAAACAGGAAGAUGGGUUUUAAGUGGAUAAACGGCAACAAACUUAUUUCAAGAUUUUGGAAAACCGGACACCCUUCAACUGGGGAUUGCACUUAUACGUUAUUCGAGUAUUUCAAUACCGAAGAACUUUGGGGAACGGAAGAUUGUUUAGAUAACUUAGUUGAUUUUUUCAUUUGUGAGAAACCUUUUUCAGAGGACGGAACUAACACAAAAAACAAUGGUUACACCAGAAUUCCUGAAGAGAUAUACUACUUUAAGUGCUCUGAUGGAUCGUCAAUACCUAGGGUACAUUGGUGUGAUCGGAAUUUUGACUGCUUAGACUUUUCAGAUGAAAUGUCAUGUCAGAAAGCUAUUCCAGAUCACAUUCUCACGAAACAUAGCAAAUUAAUGGUAAAAAAAUAUUUUCCUAAUCGACUCAAACCCUGGGCUUAUUUCCGCUGUACAGAAACCAAAGAAUCUGUAUCAAUAUUAGCUAAAUGUGAUGACGUCAUCGAUUGUCUUGAUGCCUCAGACGAAGUCAGUUGUUCGUUCAACAAUAUUGCAUGUGAUGACACUGAAUUUUCAUGUGAUGGGGGAAAUUGUAUAAACCUGAGUCAAGUGUGCGACCUAAUAUCCGACUGUGCGGACGGUACGGAUGAAUUUUGCGUUUUAGAUAACCGAAUGUGCGAACUGGAUGAGUUUCGUUGUAAAAACGGACAGUGUAUUCCAGAGGAUGACCAUUGUAAUGCUAAAUAUGACUGUUCAGACAAUAGCGAUGAAAUGAAUUGUAACUUAUGUAAGGAAUCAUUCUUCUGCGCCCAUGAUUAUAAAUGUAUUCCUCAUCGACUGAGAUGCGAUAGUUACCCUGACUGUAGUUAUAACAGCGAUGAAAGGCUUUGUCCUCCAACUACAAAUGACAUUAGUGGUGAAUAUCUAUGGGCAGGAAAGGUCGGUUCAGAGAAUAUUGGUUGGAAAUUCAUAUCGCAAGGAAUGGAACCUGGAAAAAUAACUUUUCUAAGACGAUGUUUAUUUUAUGGAGUAAGAGUGGAUUCAAUUUUAGAUGAGGUGUUGAAUGGAAAGUAUUCUUGUUUUGUUAAUGUACAAAAGAAAUGCAAGUUCAGAUUUAGUGAAGCAGCUCUUAUUGACAAUUACAGCAAUAAUUUUGCAUAUCCGUUUUGUCACUGCACAAUAAAAACAUUCCGACAAGGAGCACUUACUACUGAGAAUAAUAUGGUUUCAAAAACCACUUGUGAUGGAACAAACAUCACAGAAUUACGUGUUGAAGGUGGUACUGCUUCUUCAACAUAUUUUGAUGAGUUGAGACCUCUAACACCUAGUAAUUACUUCGACGUGAUACCUGCACCUCCUUAUUGCACUUACGAGUACAAUGCAGACGUUUUUGGUGGCUUUUUUCUUUGUGAAAGAGACGGAAAAGCUAUAUCAGCGUCAAUGGUGUGCGUUUAUUCCGUAGAUACAAGCGGUUACAUGACAGGAUGUGCAUCUGGAGAACAUUUACGAAACUGUGAAAAAUUCGUUUGUCCUGAAAAUACAUUGAAAUGUCCUGAAAGUUACUGUAUUGAACAAAGAUUUCUAUGUGAUGGAAAAAAAGAAUGUCCUGGAGGAGAAGAUGAACAAGAGUGUACUUGCAUUGACUCAGAUAGAGAAGUUAUCUUACUUGUUGAAGAUAAAGACUCGGAAAGCAGAGAAGCAGCGAUGCAUUUAGCAAAACAAUUUUAUACAAGCACUGAAAAGAGUAUCGUAAGAUUAUUCUAUUUUAAGAGUCUGAACAGAUCAAAGGAGUUUGACAUAACAAACAGUUUGUUGGAAGUAAGAGAAAAAGAUAUACAUCUGCGCCUGGAACCUGAAUUCAAGUAUACAACACUGACAACAAACUUUCUUAAACAAGUUCGGUUUUCAAAAUCAGAAAAAAGAGCGAUUAUUGUGUUGGAGAAUAGUAAUAAUUCAGCAAAUGUUGCCCGCUUAGCAUUAUCCAAACUUUCAGAGCCUGAGUUUUUUAUAUAUCGAGUAAUAAAAGAUUUUAGUUUUUCAUUUUACAAGGCUGAUAGAUACAAAUUUGUUAGAGAUAUACACAUCAGUAGAUGGAGUUCUCUGUUUUUUACUGGCUUCAGACGGUUUCCAGAAAUAUGUACCGAGGCUGCAAAUAUUCCUUGUGAUGGAACGUUCAGAUGUUCUUCAAGUAAGCGAUGUAUAUCAUUUGAACAAGUGUGUGACAAUGUUGUGCAUUGUAGAAAUGGUGACGAUGAACGACUGUGUGAUUCUUUGUGUCCUCGGAAAUGUAACUGUGUUGGUGAUGUAAUUAAUUGUAGGUCGGCCGACAUUUCCAUGUCUGAUAUCUCAUCAGUGGCAACACAAGCCAGGAUGGUUGAUCUAAGUCAAAAUCCUAAAAUUAACAAAAUACGAAAAAAACAUCUGAAUUUUAUUUAUAUGAUACGCCUUAAUGUUUCGUCGUGCGAUAUUCAUCAUAUUGAUAAAAAAGCUUUCUUCUACUUAAAACAUCUGUUGUCAUUGGAUCUUAGUAGCAACAGAAUAAACCGGUUACCUGUGGUAUAUAGCAAGCUGCGUUAUCUUAAAAUGUCGUCGUGUGACAUUCAUCAUAUUAAUAAAAAACAUUUUUCUAGUUUAAGUAAUCUGAUAUCGUUGGAUCUUAGCAACAAUAAAAUACAACGGUUACCGGAUAUGGUAUUCAGCAUGCUGCAGUAUCUAAACCAUUUGAAUUUAGAUAGAAACAUUAAAUUGACAGAUAUUUCAUUGAAAGCUUUUAAAGAUUUAAAAGCAUUAAUAAGCUUAAAGCUUUCGGGCACAGGCCUGACUAAGAUUAACUCGUAUACAUUCUCUGACUUACAGUUAAAUAGUAUUGAUAUUUCUAAUGGUAAAAUUGAGGAAAUUGAAAAUUAUGCCUUCAAUGAUUCUGUAGUUCAUAAAAUCAAUUUUGAAGGAAAUAAUGUAUUAAGAUACGGACAAUUAAUAUUCUAUGGCAUAACAUCACUUCGAGAGCUUUAUACACCUGAAUUUAAAUUCUGUUGCAUUCGCCCGAAAUAUGUUCCGGAGGAAAAAUGCAAACCAUUGAAGGAUGAAUUCUCUUCAUGUGACGACUUGAUGAGAAACUAUAUCCUUAAGGUACUGCUUUGGAUAGUUGGGAUAGCUGCAUUGUGCGGAAACCUCUUGACAAUCAUCUACCGUCUUGCCUGCGAUCGUGAAAGGCUACAGAUAGGUUAUGGAAUAUUUGUAACUAACCUGGCAGUCGCAGAUUUCCUUAUGGGUGUGUACCUGAUCAUAAUAGCAGUUGCUGACUUAGUCUACAAAAACAGAUACAUUUCAAUGGAUGAACAAUGGAGAAACAGUAAUUGGUGUAUAACUGCCGGAGUUUUGUCUACAGUUUCAUCUGAAGCCAGUGUUUGUUUUGUUUGCUUGAUUACGUUGGACCGAUUUUUAGUGAUUAAAUUUCCAUUUGGCACAGUGAGGUUUGGUCCAAUAAAGGCGUAUAUCUGCUGCGGAAUUUGCUGGUUAAUUUCCAUUAUCCUAUCUAUCAUUCCAGUGGCUUACGCAAGUCACUUCGAAAACAAAUUCUACUCAAAAAACGGAGUAUGCGUUGCAUUGCCUUUAACAAGAGAUAAGCCUCCAGGUUGGAUAUAUUCUGUAUCAGUUUUCAUUGGCUUCAAUUUCUGCACUUUUAUUCUUAUUGCUGUAGGACAAAUCUCCAUAUUCAUUGAACUUCGAAAAACACCAUCAGUUCUGCGGAAGACAAAAUUAUCAAGAAAACGCGAAUUGAAAGUGGCCAGAAAUCUCAUCUUUGUUGCGGCGACUGAUUUUUUUUGUUGGUUUCCGAUAGGAUUGCUUGGUAUUUUGGCAUUAAAUGGAUUUCCUAUUCCGAGUGAUGUUUAUGCUUGGACAGCCGUUUUCAUAUUACCAGUUAACUCAGCCAUCAAUCCCUUUUUGUAUACGGUGACAGCAAUUUUGAAAUAACAACUUGUUAUCUAGCUGCAAACAUAUUCUCUAUGUAAUUGUGUUUAUUGUGAUAAGGACGCUGCUAAAAACACCAUGAAAUAUGCUCUAUAAUUUAAUCGCUUUAAUCCUUUAAAGUAGUCUCCUUUAAAGGUAUCUGGUCAAAGAUAAGCAUAUGUUGUAAAGUUGGAUGCAAACUACAACAGGUUAUAUAAUCAUUACAUAAUAUUGCAUAAUAUUACUCCAGAAGUAUAGCAUAUAAAAUCUUCAUAUAUAUUUUUGAAGAAAUAUUAAGGGUUUAAUCUUUAACUUAGAUUUAUGUUUAUUUUAAAGUUAAAUGAUAUCAAACAUGUAUUUUUAAAGACAUUUCAUUCUUAUCAUUCGCUAGUUUAAUGUUGAUUAUAAUUGAACUAAAUAACUUUGUAGAACUUAUAAAUACACUCUUUAACAGUAACUUAGCACCUAAGGCUUUUUAUAUGCACUAUAUAGAGAAUGGUUCUACUUUUACUCCCACUGGUCUUUAAAUUAAGUGAAGUACAAGUUGUAGAUUAAACAUUUACAUAUUUUAAUUAUGUUUGUUUUUAAUUAUAUUUAUUUUCUUGGUAGUAUUUUGAUUUUUAUUGUUACUUUGAAAUACUGAGUAAUUAUUAUCAUCUUUUGAUGUUUAUAGUGUUUCAUGUUUAACUUUUCCAUGAGUCAUAAUCUACUUUAAGAAUAGUUAUGUAAAGAACUGAUAAGCCUAAAUCAUUUGUUAAGUAAAUGCUAGUUGGCAGUUGGCAGACCAAUCUGAUAAGUUCUUAUAUACAGUGCCACCUGUAUGUAGAUGCUAGCUCCCCUCUGAAAUUCAAAAGUUCAUUUAACAAGAUCAAGGGAUUUUAAAAUCAUUUUGCACAAAUGUUCACAAUUAUAAGACGAUGUGUCAUUCGCAACAACCACUCGCCUUGACGGUCUAGGCCACAGUUGUAUGUCAAAGAUUAACAUAGUCUGUUAUAACUUUUAUUUUGUUUCCAGUGCAUAGCUUUCUCAUCCAUCAAUGUGUUUGAAAUACAUAGCACAAAUGUUCACAUAGAGAAGAUGAUGUGUCGUGCUCAACACUCAGAAACCUACCUUCAAGAUCAAGGUCAUAUAUGGUAAUAAAAGGUCAACAUCGCUGUUCGAGGGUAUUUGUUGUGUCCGGUCCAUAACAUUUCAUCUAUCAGAGGAUUUUGAAAUAAUCUGGCACAAAUGUUGACAAUAAUGAUGUGUCGUGCACAACAACCGAACCCUUAUCUCCACGGUCAAGGCCAUACUUAGAGAUCAAGGCUUAACAUGAUCUUGAGAGGGCAGUCCAUUUUUUUCAAGGGAUUUUGUAAUUAUUUGCACAAAUUUUCACAAUAAUGGGGCCAUGUGUCAUACAACAGCCAGAAUUCCUACCUUCAAUGUCAAGGUCAUACGCGAGUGCAUAAGCUUAACAUGGUAUGUUCUAUGAUAUAUUUUAUGUGCGGUAUAUUUUAUUUUUUCAUCAAUAAAGGGAUUUUAAAAUAACUUAGCACAUAUGUUUACAAUAAUAAGAAGACUUAUCAUGCGCAACACAUGGACCCCUACCUCAAAGGUCAAGGUUACACUUGAAAGUCAAAGCCUCAAAUUGUCUGUUACAAGGUAUCAUGCCAAGUCAGGGCCAUUGAAAUAAAAUGUCAUUUGUGAAUUGCCGACACACCUUGAUUGAUGACUGCACAUGAAAUAUGCCCUGUAACAGACCAUUUCCUGUAUUUAUUUUGUUUUUGUCACAUUUUGUGCCUUUGAAAUAGUGAUAACAAGUAAACAAAUGUGUAUCUGUUUACACAUAUGCGGGAGUUAUCUAAUCAUAUUUCUUUAAUGAAUUAUUGUUACUUGAAUGUGUAGAUCUAGCAUUGAUCAAAAUUUUGCACUGAAAGUCCAGAUCCAUACCUCAUCUUUAAAAAUAUCACAAUGUUGUGCUUGAUGCGGGGGGCGUUGGUAACUCUGGUACAAUUUUUUGUUUUUGUUGAUAAAGAUUAAAGAUAAAGAUUAAAAAAAGGCUAGCUACUAUUAAUAUUCAUUAGUUUAACAGCACAUUAUCAUUAAGGUUAUUUUUCAUAUUUUCAGUUAUUACAUUUUUAACAGCCUUCAACUGGUUUAAAUCAUUUAUACAACUAGUUUAUUCUGAUUUUCACAUUUUUGGUUAAAUAAGAACAGUUUAUAUUAAAAUGCAUACUACAAACUAGUAAAUAUUUUAGUAAUGUUUACUUAAGUGUAAAUAAAAACCUUAGUUCAUUAAACAUUUGGUUAAU